UCACAGCUUCUCUGAGCAGAUGUUUGACCAUUUGACUCAACAAGUCAAAGGGAUUAAAGAAAUUGGCUGCGAGUAUUGAAGGUAAAAUCGUUUGGAGCCUGAGUCCGGCGCCCAAGCUCCUCUGCCUGAUCACCGGCGACUCCUUAUAAAGUUGUUAAAUCAUCAAUAGAUUGAAACCCAGAAGAAAGGAAAUGUCGACGGAAUCAUUGGAAUCCUUCACGCACGCCCUACACGCUCUCACAACCCUAUCUUACCACAAGCACGCCAUCUCCGCCGUUAAAUUCUCAUCCAACGGCCGUCUCCUGGCGUCUUCAUCCGCCGACAAGACCCUCCGCACUUAUGGCUUCACCAAUUCCGACUCAGAUUCCGAAAGCCUGAAUCUGUCACCUAUGCAAGAGUAUCAAGGCCACCAUCUGGGCGUAUCUGAUUUGGCCUUCUCUUCUGACUCUCGCUUCCUCGCCUCCGCCUCCGACGACAAGACCCUGUGCUUAUGGGAUGUUCCUACUGGUUCACUUAUCAAAACUUUCCAUGGCCACACUAACUACGUCUUCUGUGUUAAUUUCAAUCCUCAGUCCAACACCAUCGUCUCUGGUUCCUUCGAUGAGACUGUUCGAGUUUGGGAUGUUAAGUCUGGAAAGUGUUUGAGGGUCCUCCCUGCUCACUCCGACCCCGUUACUGGCGUGGACUUUAAUCGCGAUGGUUCUCUUAUUGUUUCCGGCAGCUACGAUGGGCUCUGCCGGAUUUGGGAUGCCACAACUGGGCAUUGUGUGAAGACUUUGAUCGAUGAUGAGAAUCCCCCCGUUUCGUUCGUCAAGUUCUCGCCCAAUGGGAAAUUUAUCCUCGUUGGCACUUUGGACAAUACUAUGAGGCUUUGGAACUAUUCGACUGGGAAGUGUCUGAAGACGUAUACGGGUCAUGUUAAUUCAAAGUAUUGCAUUUCGUCCUCCUUUUCUGUUACAGAUGGGAAGUAUGUAGUAGGUGGUUCCGAAGAUGGUUGUAUACACUUGUGGGAACUACAGACAAGGAAAAUAGUACAAAAAUUGGAAGGUCACUCGGAUACUGUUAUAUCUGUCUCCUGUCACCCUACAAAAAGCAUGAUUGCUUCUGGUGCUCUUGGCGAUGAUAAAACUGUGAAGAUUUGGACUCAACAGAAAGAAUGAUCUUGUUUGUAUUGUAGAAAAUGCUCGAUGGUUCCGGGGUGAAGAAGAGGAUCUGAGCAGUGAAGAAACCGGUCCCACUUUGUUCCAAGAGGGUAGCAAUCGUAGUAUUUUAAAGGAGAUCUGUGGGGAUCUCAAUUUGUCUUCUUGUAUUAAAAUGUUAAUGAGAUGACUGUUGGUUGGGAAUAUAGGUCGAGGCAUAUGCAUGAAGCCGAAGCUUUAGCAUUUGUAUGGAUUUCUAUGCCUUCCAUAUAGGAAGAUUGGCGUAUAAUCACUUGUUUCUCUACAGACCACAGCUGCCCAAGAUGACUUCUUGUGCAAGUUACGUACUCUUGAAAUGAUCAUUUACCUGUUUAUGCGCAAGCAACAGUUAAGACAGUCA